AGCGGCGGCGGUGGCUGAAACGCGGGGAUGGCGGGCGCCGGGAGCGAAUCCCGGUUCGCCGGGCUGUCGCUGGUGCAGCUCAACGAGCUGCUGGAGGACGAGGGACAGCUGACGGAAAUGGUGCAGAAGAUGGAGGAGACGCAGAAUGUUCAGCUUAACAAAGAAAUGACGCUCGCCAGCAACCGGAGCCUGGCAGAAGGAAACCUUCUGUACCAGCCUCAGCUGGACGCCCUGAAAGCACGUUUGACCCAGAAAUACCAGGAACUCCAGGUUCUCUUUGAAGCCUAUCAGAUAAAGAAGACCAAAUUAGAUAAACAGUCGAGCAACGCUUCCUUGGAGACCCUGUUGGCGCUUCUUCAGGCAGAAGGAGCCAAGAUUGAGGAAGACACGGAGCUGGACAAGAAGGAUGGCAUCUACCCGGCUCAGCUCAUGAACUACUAG